AUGUCGCUACUGCUACGAAGCUCCGAGAACCUGCACGACGAGCUCUUUCGACGCGUACUUGCUGCCCCAGUGACCACAUUCUUCGACGUGACACCUGUGGGGCGUAUUCUCAACCGCUUCUCCAACGAUCUGGACCAAAUGGACUCGUUACUACCUCAGCAAUGGCAGAAUUUUGUGCAGAAUAUCUCAUUAAGUGUCGGCGGCUUCAUCGUCUGUGCGCUGGCGUCGUACUGGAUUGGACUCUCGUAUAUUCCAGUGAUAGCUGCACUGGCUGUGACGGGUUUCUACUUCAAGAAAACCUCUCGAGAAGUCAAGCGCCUCGAGGGAAUUUCAAGAUCCCCCGUGUAUAAUUUAUUGGACGAGACGUUAAACGGUGUACAGACCAUCCGCGCUUUCAAGAUGCAGUCGAGAUUCGAGCAGAUGAACGCGGAUGCUGUGGAUGAGAACGCGUCGUUCUUCUUUGUCUACUGGGCAGCAGGUCGGUGGUUGGCGGUGCGUCUGGAUACGCUCUCUGUCGUGGUCAUUUUUGUGGUAUCGCUCUACUUGGUGGCGACAAAAGGACAGCUCGGCACCUUACUCUCGGGUAUUUCGCUUGUAUACGCGCUCAUGUUGACGUCGAUGGUGCAGUCUUCGGUGCGUGAUGUGGACCGCACAGACAACGCCAUGACGAGUGUCGAGCGUAUUCUGCACUUCCGUGAGAUCCCGCAAGAGGAAGACUCUCUGGACGCGUCUCCCGUCAACAAUACCUUGUGGCCGUCACAAGGUGCUAUCAGAUUCGACAAUCUGCAGCUCAAGUAUCGCCCGGAACUACCUCUUGUACUUUGCGGUGUGACUAUGAGCGUCGGUGGCGGCGAAAAGUUGGGGAUAUGCGGACGUACUGGUGCCGGUAAGAGCUCCCUGAUGAUUGCGCUUUUCCGUAUCUGUGGGUUUGAAAGUGGAACCAUUCGUAUCGAUAGUGUGGAUGUCCAGAAGACCCGGUACUAUUCAGUGGAUCGCUUCGAGACAACCUCGACCCGUUUGGUGAAUACUUGGAUGCUGACAUUUGGACAGUCUUGA